AUGCCCUUCGACAACCUCGACCUGGCCGGCCUGGCCAACAUCGCCGUCCGCACCCUCCAGCACGAGAUCAGACAGGCGACCACCAGCGCCAUCUCCUCGGCAACCUCGUCGCCCGACCCGACCCUGGCCUCCUCCAGCGAUGCACCGUCUUUGACCACCCCCAUUAGUGGCCCAACAUCACCACCAGCUGAUGCCGGCAACGGGAAUAAUAAUGGAAAUGGGAAUGGGAAUGGAAACGGGAGCGGGCAGGGCUCGUCACCACUGCUCUUUUUUGUCGCACUCGGCUUUGGUGUAGUGUUUACGAACCUCUGGAUCAUUGUCGGUGUUAAGUACUGCUUCCGCUACAAUGCUCGGAAUCGCAACAUCCGGAUGACGGGCGAGGAUGGCGAGCCCAUCAACCUCGAGAAUAUGCCUCAGCACCCACGGCGCCGCCGCCGCGAGAAGAAGCUAAUGACCAUGGACGAGGUCAACGAAAAAUUUCCAAUGAUGAAAUACAAAAACUGGGUCGCCAGCCGUGCUCAGGAAGGCCUACCCACUCGUGGCGGUAUCUCUCAGCCCCCAAGCCGAGCAAACAGUCUUCGGGACGCCGAUGGCAUUAUUCCCACGAUUAAAGAGCGCGAUUCCACCGAGGAUAGACCGGCGACCAGCGGAACAUCUAUCGCCAGAGAGACCACCCGUGAGCCAACCACCGAACAUGCCGAGAAGGCCGCGCCUGAUUCCACCGCGGCCGGCGAGGCACAGUCUACAACGAGGCCUGCUACUGCCGAUGCCACAACAGCACCGGCGAGAACUGACAGCCCCGCCUCCGACGACGACCACUACGAAGACGAGGACGACCAAAUCCACGAUGCCUUACCACCGGAGGCGCUGGAGUCAUCCGGCGACACUUGCGCCAUUUGUAUCGAUACCCUGGAGGAUGACGACGACGUCCGCGGACUAACCUGUGGCCAUGCUUUCCAUGCUGUGUGUCUCGACCCAUGGCUGACCAGCAGACGUGCUUGCUGCCCACUCUGCAAGGCUGAUUAUUACACACCCAAGCCCCGUCAGCCUCAGACCGAGGGGGCCGAGGGAACGCAGGUGGGGCCGACCGUUUCAAUUGCCCAGGACCCGCGGACGAAUAGGGCGAACAUGCCCUCGCGGCCUGGCGUCGCGUGGAUUUUCUCAGGUCGACGAGGACGCUUGGCUCUGCCUCAAAUGGGCAGAAACAGAAACAAUGGCUCUGGCCAGCCCCAAACGCAACCGCGCAGCGACAACAACGGAAGACGACAGCGUCAGCAGCAGCGCGGUGGCUUCUUCUCACGAUCGGGUACCCAGCCAUCGUCACGUCCGGCCCCAACGGCCACCGACAACGCCACAGCGACUCAGACCACUCAAACAUCUUCUGGGGGUUUCCUAUCCUCUAUUCGACAACAGUUGCCCAGUUUUGGACGGUCCGCGGCGACACAAGAGCAGUCGGCCGCAAACGCACAAGUAACACCAUCAGCCUUGGAGGCCGGUACACGUGCGGAUGCGGCAAGAUGA